AUGGCGGAGAGGCCGAGAGCCGCCCCAAGUGUAAGCCGCGCCCACCGUCGUGUCGCGGUCCGCGUUCCUUCGCCUCCGGCUUGGAGUCCGCCGAAAGACUUGCGUGAGCUGCAGAGUGUGUAACGGCCUCUCGUCCAGACUCGCCGACCGACAUGGACGCCGGCAACGACCUCCUCCCGCUACUUCCAGGUUCCUCGUUCAUCUUUAUCUUCAAUUUCGAAUCUAAUCUUCAUUGAAAAACGAGUACAAAACGUCCCAACGCCUCGAUAAAUUUGAAAAAAAAAAUCAUGACAAAGUUCAUAAAAAAGCGAAAAAUUAAAAAAAAAACAUAACGGUUAAAUACGAAAAAAACCUUCAAUAUGAUGAUCUUCAUUCUCAGUCAAGAACAUAAAAAUAAACCAAACUUAUUAAGCAAUGAAAAAAAAAGAAAACAAAAAAAAAAUACAAAUUCAGCUGAAUUUAGAUAGAACAAUAAGCAAAGAUAAAAAAAAAACUGAGCUGCUAGAAAUUACAAGGAGUAAUUACCUACUCACGAAGUAAAAUUUAAACACGUUAUCAACGUUGACAACGCUAUAUUUCAACAUAAAGCCUUUGUAGGAGUGCUAUAAAAAGAAACGUUUACAUUGAUUAAAAGAUAAAAAUUUCAAUUGGGAGUUAACUGUUAACUCCCAAUUGAAAUUUUUCGAGUUAGAACUCGAGUUCUAAUUUGAAAUUUUCAACGACGUUCCAUCUUCACGCAAACUCUUUCCUCAGAGCGAAAUUUCUAAGUUUUUUUUUCCAUUCAUUUAUUUCAUUCACAAAUUCUAUUUCUUCUUUUAUUUCCAUGAAAUUCAGUUUUCGGAGAUUAUCUUGAUUUGUUCGACGAUUCAUUAUGCCGUGUUCAAAGUAAUUUCCGCGAAAUUCAAAAUAGCCGUCAGAGAAAGAGAAAGAUAACUAAAUUUUGGAGGGUCAGAGACCAUUUUGCAUUUCGCGGAAAUUACUUUUAACACGGCAUUAGAUUCCCUUUAUUCACAUUUUCAAUUAUAGAAACGGUUUUUGAGUAUUUGUUUUUCUUGUCGCAGUGGUUUUUUUUUUUCAGUACUUCCCUCUCACUCUUAAAAUUCAUUUCAACUUUUUUGCAACGCGUUCAAGCUCAAAAUAAUAUUUGUCAUCAAUGUUUUGUUAGUGUUAACAAGAAUCCAUGGUUUUCAUUCCAUUUUCUCGGACUUCACUGUCUCUUGUAUCAUCAUUAUUCUAACUUCCGUUACGCGCGGAAGAAAUAUAGCAUAGUAUUCAUGGAAACUUGACGAAAACAUGAGGCGACUGAAAAGCGAUGAAGCUGAAAAGUUUAACAUCGGGCAACCCGAUCCUCUGGCUCGUAAUUUUGGAGCAUCCGUCGUGUUUUGCGAAAGUAUAUGAAAGAAAAGCGAAUAAAACGUCUCCGAACCGGUUUAUAUUUUAUUGGUAGGUUUGAGAAUAAAACGGAUCAAAAUAAGUUCAAGAACUGCUUGAUAUUUAUCAUAAAGAGGUCUUCAUUUUAUGCUGUUUUUAUAAACUUUGGUUGGAUGUAUUUUUUGAAGUCUAAAAAUCGGAUUUAUUCGCAGAAGUACAAGAUGCACUAUCUGAAGAAUUUGACGGGAUUGAAUGCAGCAUGGGACCGGGCGUCGUCCUGGCCCAAGCGCCUUUUCGACUACCUUUUGCUCAUCUCGGACGCCAGGUAUUAUCUUCAUUCAUUUUUCUUUGUUAUUAUUCAGAGGUUCCACUUGAAUACCUCCAAAAACUUUUAACAUAUUCAACACUUUCUAAUUAAACCUCAGUAAGCCUUCUCCUUUUCGUUUCCUUGUUUCUUCACAUCAUUUUUUAACUUCUUUUUUAAACACGUUCACUGUAUAAAAACUUGAAAUAAUCAACUCCUAUUUGAUUAAUUUAUUGUUGAUUUUUUUACCUUGAAGAUACUAUUGAUGAUUUCGAAAAAAACCAAACAGGUUUUUUUACUUCAGAGCAUUCAUCAGCUUACGGGGCUUCUGAAAAAGUCACUUUUUUAUUUGUCUCUUUUAAAAAAAACUCAGCGAAAAAACUUAUUAUUUUUCUUUAUCAAUUGCCAGGACUAAAACUUUUCCAAGGAGCCUUCAAAUGUAUCAAGCCUCAGGACGGGAGUUAUUUAGUUGAAAUGAGUUUUAAAACAAGAAUACGGUUCGUAAAAGCUUCGCGGAAGAACAAAAGGCUCAAAUGAAUUCUGACUCAACUCUCGAAAUGAAAUUUUCCGUAUUUCGCCUUUUUUUUUCUGGUCUAAAACGCUUUGGUAUAAAUUUCAAAGUCGUAUGGAAAUUUUAUACAAGCCUUUCCAAGCGCAGAGCCAUUUUCAGCGCGAUUUUCGGCCUUUAAAGAAUUCACAGCAAGGACAGUUUAAAAAAAUUUUUCGGAACUAAAAGUCCAAGAUAAUCGAAAAGCUAGAUUCAUGUACGUACAUUGCGAACAUUGAGCAUUUCAAAUUUUUCUAGUUUCUCAGUCCUCCAUCCCAGUUUUUCAUACUCUAUCAGCCUUGCAUCUUUUUUUUUCACUAAUUUCCCUAAAUUUGAAAAAGAAAACUUGAGGUGUUUAGAGGUGCAAUAAUGCAUCUAUUGAUCCCUCUGUUUUUGAAAGUGUCUGUCUGUUGUUUUUGUUUCUCUUCAAAGACAACAGCUGCUCGAAAUCUUGCAAAAUAAAAAGAGAAAAUUGGAAGAAAAUGGGAAAAGGUGAUUUUCGCUCAGAAGUGCUUUUUGGAAGGUGGAAUAUUCGAGAGAAGAGAAUCGUUUUAGUCGUGUAAAAAUUAUGCGCUUUUCAACACUCCAUGAAGGUUUUUUGAGCAUGUUAUAAUCUUUUGAAGCUUUUUUAUAUGUUUUUGAAUGGUUGAUUUUGAGUAUCAUUCCAAGAAAUGAGAUGAAAAUUAAGGUGACAUUUGUACCGGACACGAGCUGCCUGGAAGAUUUCGAGUGCGCGGGCAUGCACCGUAUCGAUCUCGGAAAGGUGGGUUUUCCGCCCUAAAAUCCUUGUUUUUUGUUCUUUCUUGUCUUGCAACAAAUGGACCGGCCAACCGGCAAGUCGAGUGGCCGACCCAUUCGAUCGAUAAUAUUUGUGUGAUGGGGGAGAAGCUCGACGGCUAUACGCACAGAUAUUUGCGCUGUAGGUGCCACCCCCUUGGACUGAACGCUUGCGACGACAAAAGCCUCAGUUAAAGAUAAAGAGAUCGGGUUCUGGAAGGCAGGACUUACUCGCAGCUCUCGUCAUGAUAAGAUCGGAAAAAGCGCGCUUUUUGGCUCCUGUUAGCUCGAGAAUACAAUGAAAAGUUUGAUUUUCCGAGUAUCGUUGGUCUAGGGUCGUUUCUAGUUUGACACUUCAUAAACAUUGUCCUAGCGACUCCGACCAACAUGAAAGAUCUUUUUACUUUGUGCUUGAGAAUUUCCCGGAUAAUGGCAAAAAUAUUCCUGGAUGAAGAUCAAAAGUCUGCACCACUUGGAAUUUUCCGAUAGAAGACACUUUACAGUUAAAUAAAAUAAUCAGAAUCCGCUGGAUAUUCAAUUAUUUCAUAUUAAAGGCGCACGAACAGAAAAAGGAUGCCAAGAAAAGGAUAAUAAAUUCUUUCAAAGAGCAAAAACUAUCAAAGUUGAAUGAAUCUUCGUAUGAAGACAUGAUUUGGGGCACGCUGAUUUAGAAAUCAUGGAAAUUGAGUGCGACUUUUGCUCUCUAGAAAAAUUAUGGCACUCAAAAGUUCAAAAUAUACGAACACAGUUGAGAAAAAGAGGGUCUCGGCGUCGUACAUCUGCACAAAGUUGAAGAACAUCUGUGAAAAAUUGUAUCGAAUUCUAAUUUAACUUAUUCUGCGUUGAUUGUCACUAUUUGAUUUUUAAUUUUUUUAAUUUUUUCUAGCUAUAGAAGCCAUUUUUUUCGAAGUGCGAUGAACAAUAAUUUAUAAUUUAAAAAAAUAAUUUAAUUCAUUUUUUUGGUAUGGAAAAAUGAAGAGAUUUGAAGAAAAAAAGGACAGAGAUUAAAAAUUUUUCAUACAAAAAUGUGGAUAUUUUUUUAAUAUCUGUUGAAAAUUUUUCUGGAAUGUAUCUCGGCGUCCUUUGGCUGCCGUCGGGUCUCAAAAAAAUGGACAGCAUAGAAAAUGAACGUUUUAUUUAGCCUGAAAGAAUUGCCGACUUUCGCGUUAUAGGCAAGUUAGGAUACAUCAAAUGCACAGAGAGAGGCCGAGUGCAUCGAAAAAAAUGGUUCUGUAAAUUGGAGAAAAAGUGUUGGGAAAAGUUAGACUAUGCGACAACCUUCUGCACUUCUUUUGUCGAAAAUAAUUCAAAUAAGUAUCGUAUAUUCCUAGAAAAGUGCGAUCUUCACUGACGGCGAACCGGGCUGCUGUCUGGAGCUGGUGCUCGGCCGCGGCAGAGACUGGAUCACGCCGCUGACCAAACUUUUCGACAAACUUUACCCCGUAAAAUGGGCGUUUUUCGUGGCCGAACUUGAGCAGGUAGCCAAAAAAAUCACUUGAGAUUCCCCAAUGAUACCAUUAGGGCCAUGCAACCUACCACGUACUCUCCUCUAGUCUUCCCGCGGUUUCUUCCACAAAACGCGAAGACACCCCCGACUCUACCGAACAAUCCUCCAUGAUCAGUUCACCGUCCGCUUCUGUGGGUUGAUGGAAUAAAGAAAGAGAUCUGAAAGGGAAACUUUCAAGUAAAUUUCAAACUCAAAGUAAGUCUUAAGCGAAAAACUAACUUCAAGUUGGUCUUAUCAAAUGAAAACUUUUUUUCAAAUCUUAUUAAAAAAAUCUAGAAAAAGUGAUUUAAGUUAGACAUGAUCGUUUGAAAAAAGAAUUUGAAAGAAAAAAACUUGGGUUUUUUUAGAAAGUAUUUUUUUCAAGAUUUACAGUUGAACAGAAAAAUAGUUUUCAGAAGGUUUUCAAGAUAAAAAUUGCAAAUUUCAUUUCGACUAUGCUUCCUUUUUCUUCAACUGAAAAAUGUUUGCUUUAUUUUUCAAGCUUUCCAAGCAUAUUGAAAAAAAAAUAAUUCAUUACUUCAAAACACACUCAAUCGCUUUUGUUCCAGGUCUCGGAAGCUUCCAAUUUUUCGUUGUGGGUGGUCCCAGUGACGAAGAUUUUCGCCGUGCCGGCCCCUAAAAAAACAGUAAAAGUGGUCAGAAAAGUAAUAAAAAAGAAGUCGCCGACUGGCGAAGUCAUCGUCGACCCCGGAGAACCGCCCAAAGAACGAAAAGUAGAUUCAAUUAGUCUUGAACUUCAAAAAAGCACGAUUUAGGUGCGGAUAGUGAAGAAAAAAGCGGAGAAAAAGGAUUCGCCUGACCGGGAAACGGGCACGCCCACGGCCAGGUAUUGUACAAAAAGUUACUUGUUAAAUCGAUUUUUUUUAAUUUAAAAAAUUCAACCGUUAAAACAAAAAAUGGGUUUUUCAGCAUAAAAAACAUAUCGGUCGGCAAAAUAUGAGAUUUCACUUAUGUUUUUGAAGGUAUUUGACCUUAAAGGGUGUCUUUAAAAAAUUCCGAAAGCCUGAAUUUUCUUUUUCGAGGCAUCUUAUGAAGUUGCAAAAAUCUUCAAAUAGUGAAAAACUUGGUAAAACCUAUUAUAGAAAAUUAAAUAUCACGCCAGAUUCUCACGUUUUUUUAUGCCGAAAUCACCGGACACAAAGUUUCUCUCUGAGACCUUUUCCCAUAUUUUGUAGUCUUUUUUGGAAUUUUCUCAAGUUUCUUGAAGCAAAAAAAAAUUCUUUUUCAGUUAGUCUUUUUUUGCGGCCGUGUUCUAAAAACGUCGCCCGAAAUACACCAUAUUAAAGCAACAUUUUGAUGUUCGAAAUCUUGCCGGAUUCAACUCACAAGACGAAUUUAGAAGUUCAUCGUCCGAACUUCCCCUGAAUGGAUCCAUCGGCUUGAACAAGGUCAAGUCCGUGAAUUCGUCAGAUUCGCUCGACGGCGACGUGACUCCCGUCAACGGCAGCUUCACCGCCUGCACUUCAGCUGACGUUUAUUUUUGUUUCUUUUCAAAGGAAAAUUUUCAAUAACUCUUCUGUGUGAAAAAUCGAUUAUAUGGCUGGGAACUCUGUGAUCUUUUUCGCUGUAACUGGAUUGAAAUAAUAAAAAAAUUCCUGUCUCCAAGUUUUUGAACUUGAAACAGGUUUCCGGUUUUGCUCAAAAAGCGCUCUUGGCCUAAAAUAAUAACUUUUUUUGCCGAUUUGUUUCAUACUUCUUCAAAAAGCUCGCCAACCUCUUUUGGACAUAGACUUGUGAUGAAAUAGUCCGGAUUUUUCAAAAAUAACUAUUCCGGAAAAGUUUGAAAAGUUCCAUAAGACUUCCUAUUUUUUAAAUUUGUUUUCUAUUCCUAAGCAUUUUACCCCAAAGUUGCAUGCUUUCCGUGUAAAAAAAAACUUCUUCGGUACUUUUGAGACGUUAUAAUUCGAAAAAUUGGUUUAAAAGGUUCCCUCAAGUUGAAUUGAAGUUGACUCAAAUUAUGUUUCACAAAGAAAUGUUCAUUUUACUAUGCAGUCCGAUAUCUUCUGAAAACCGGCCAGAACAAUGCUUGUUGUACUAGAAAAAAAGGAUCCUGAAAGUCUGAAACUGCCCAACUUCCUAGUUUUUAAAUAAGGACUCAAGACCCCGAAAUAGCCUAUUUUUUUACGGAUUUUUGGGGAUCUGACUUUAAACUGUUUUUCCUCAAAAAAACUAAGAAGUUAUGCAGGUUUGAGAUCUUCUUUUUUUCAGCUAAGAGCUUUCUGGCUAUUUUUUUUAAAAAGUUAAGCAAGUUUCCAAAAUAAUUUCUUUGUAAAUCUCUCAUUCUGUCUAAUCUGGUUUAAAAAUUUUCAACUUUUUUUAAACAUCAUAAUACACCAUAUUUAAAGAUGCCUGACAGUGAUGGCAGCGCGUCUGAACUGCGUAGGAAGCUUCUCGCCAACACUUCCUCUGAAAAUUUCGAAGAGAAAUUCCUGGUCAAUGGCGAGGUUGUCAAACUGUUCUGUGUCAUUUUUCAGUUUCUAAAAGUUUUCAGCCGAGAAAACUGAACGGCUUUUCAUCGGCUCAACGAGCUCUUCGGCCUUCCUUGAGUCGGAGCAGCAUGACCCCCGACCGGCGUCUCGAUCCUAUUUUUGAAGGUUCUUUUACCAUCAUUUUUUCUAUUUUUCAAGGGAAAAAAAAUUAGAAAAAUUGAUUCAGCUCAAGAUUUUUCAUCGAAGAUGGCCUGUUAAUCUUUCAUUCUUCGAUGUUUAGAGAUCUUAAACAAUAGUAAUAUGCUUUGAUGUUUGAAAACUGCCAUUUUGGUAAGCUUCUCAUUAUUUUUCAGACGGUAAGUUUUUGAAAAUGCUCAAAAUGUCUCCGAGGAACAUGGAUACAAAAGCUGAAAGCGAAGAAAUCAUGCGAAAAAAUCAAAAAUUGUUUUCUUUUAGAAUCCCGCCUUUUCUGCUUUUUUUUGUACUCGAAUAUCUUUGGCCACUCUCGAAAAUUUCUUUCUUUUCAAAAAUAUGAAAUCUAUUAGAUCGGGAAUUUUCGACUUUUCGAUUUUUCCAACUGUUGAUCAAAAAUUGAUUCAACAGUUAUUCCAAAGAAAGGUCAAUGAGAAAAUUUUUGAUUUGAAAAAAAUCCCUGGAAAUUUAUUCCUUCUGAUGCUCUAUAUGGAUCUAUACUUAAACUGUCUUGAAUUGGAAGUAAAUGUUUGCACUAGGAAAGGUUUUUAAAAAAAAAGAUAUUUUCCAGGGAAAAGCUCAGAACGUCUCCCGCCGCCGACGAUCACAACGACGAAGCCCCAAAAUUGCCGAAUCACCCAUCCAUCUCCCGCUCAAAUCCCUGUUGUAGCCCUCCAAAUGAUCCUCACAAAGUGUUUUUCUUAUCAACAGGUUUCUUCUCACAAAGAAACUUUUAUUUCUAAAAUUAUAUUUUCCAGUUGGGUUAUUUGCGGUCAGUACAUCCGCACUGGGACGAAAUCGCUGGACAACUUUUUGAAUAGUGGUUAUUAUAAGCUGCUUGAGAGGUUGGUUCGAAAAAAGAAUAAGUGCAGUUUAUUUUUUUAUUCUUUUAUGAGAAAAACUAUAAAAAAAGCUUUGUUGAGACUUCAUGAAUUUAUGCAUUUCCAGCUCGAUCUAAUUUUACUGUUGGUUGAAAAAUUUUUACAAUUUUGUUAUUUCGAUCGAAAAAAAACAAGUUUAUAUCAUCUAUUUAAUAGAAACUCUGAAAAAUUUUUUUCUGACUUAAAGAAAGACAUAACUGCUGCUCACAAUUUCAUUUACGGAUACUAUUGGUGCCCAUCUCCAAUCCCUUUACAAAAUACAACAAGUAGAUCGAAUCAACUGCGAGGAAAUGGCCUCUACUUUCUGACAUACACUACCGGUUCAUUAAUCAAAGAGUAUUCAAUCAUUGGAAUCAUAUGGAUAGAAACAUAGUAUUUGAGUAUGAAAAAAAUAAGUUCAGAUCUAAACUUGAGAAAUGGUUUGAAAAACAACAUCACAGAACUAAACACUCUUGAUCCAACAAAAAAAUAUGAAAGCUACAUAAUCGACAUUUAAAAAGAAUAACUUCAUGGUUAUUCCAAUUUACUCAAGUGGGGGGUUAACACGACCGCGAGUCCUCUUCCCUCCAUCACCACAAGUUCCGACACAUGUGUUCCCAAAUUCUCCCUACAUCUAUUUCGUGAAAUUUAGUACUUGUGUGUGAGAAAUAAAACAUUUUGAUUUGAUUGAUUGAUUUUGACUUAUCCCUUUUGAAAUUCGACGAAAGUGAAAAAGAUCUUCAGGUGAAGAAAUUAUAAUCAAAUUUAUGACCUAAUAUAUUUUUUAUGCCUGAGAAAAGGUUAUUCUCAGGUCGGACAAACUUUUGAUGAGCCUCCAACGAAGAGUCGUCGCCGAGCCCGCCUUGCAGUACGCGACGAGUGUUAUGACCAACAUCCAAGUACACAUUUUGAAUCCCGUCGACAUCAUGCGAGCUGUUCUUGAUGAAGGUUUCUACUUUUUACGAUGAAUUCGUAAAAAAAAAUCUUCAAUCUUUGCUAUUAGAGCUGGUUAUUUUUUUUUCCUGCUACCCUUUUCUUGUUACCGAAUGUCUUUUCCUAGGGCUACCUUCCAAAAAAGAGUAAGUUUGAAACGGAAUUGUCUUGUUGUUUUUUGUCUUGUAAAAAUUACAAAAAAAGAGAAAAUGGACACAUCUUGAGGAUUAGAGGAAGCUUUGCUGUGUUUUGUAGAGCAUCCUCAUCACUGACAAGAAAAAGUUUCCUGGAUUCUGUCUUCGAGCCAAGUUAAGACGUUUUAAAGUAUGUAUUUCAUUGCACUGAAAUCUUUUAAAAAUUGAUUCAAGCCAUAACUCGGCUCAAAGGAAAAAUUCAAGAAAUCUUUUUUCUAAACUUCCAUGAAAAAAAAAAAAUUUUUCUUAUACACGCUGUACUUCCAGGAGUUUGCUGUUUCCCAUACGGCAUAAUUCUGGACAAGACAUUCCUGCUGCUCGACCGGAUCGAGAGCAUGCUCAAAGGCAACUACGAGGUCGGAGCCGUUGAUCAUCUCCGGAAAACAAAAACGUUCCAGGAAACGGUCAACUGGGAGCCCGUGGCGACGCACGCCAAACGCGCCGCCCUCCACUAUCGGACGCAUCUCGAGCGGGUGAUGGAAGAGCGGUGAGAUGGGGGGAGAAGCCUUCGUUUAAUUGCUAAUGAGAUCUGAAGGAUGGGCGAAAAUCUGCGUCUGAAGGCUGCCCAACGCAUCAUCCGCCUCGACUCGUUCAUGGUCGACGCUCAGGUCUCCAAGCUCGAGAAGGAAGCCAGCAAGGUGUGCUAGUUGAAGAGAGCAAAUAAUUUUUGCCGCUAGAGAAGUCUUCAGAAAAGAAACUAAUCAGUAAGCAAAAUCUGGAUGUGGAAUAAUAUUUUUUUAUUCGAGGAAUAUGGAAUAGUGAACUUGAGGAAAGAAAGUGGAAAAAAACGGGAAUAUCCACUGUUUAUGUAGAAAAAAAUUCGAAGUUGUCAUUUUUUUACAAUAGAAAGUUUCAAUGGACGAUAUUUUUUUAUCUGGAAAAAAAUUAUUAAUUUAAGGUAUGGAUCAUCUCAAAAAAAAAGAAAAAGGUUUCUGGAAGUUGAGAACUUUUUCCAAAGACAAAAACAGUUUUUUUUUUGACUCAAACUUAAAAAGACGAAAGUGAGACCAAAAAAAUUUUCGUUUUUUUCUACCUUAACUUUGUAGUAUUGUUCCAUAGCCUUCUCGGAAAAGUUGUACGAAACAUGGUGCAAUAAAAUUGUUAGAAUGGACUAGAACUUUCCGAAAAGCAACAUUUUAGGCGAAAGAAGACCUCCGAUGGGAGAUCGAACAACUGCACCAGAAGAAUUCGCAGCUGAGACGCGAGAAUCGCGAGCUGAAGGCGUCGCAGAUGAAGCUCGAGUCGCGCGUCGAGAUCCUCGAGGGGAAGUUCAAGACUUUGGCGCGACUGCUCAGCUGA